AUCCCCUGCCUGGACUUCAGUGGGACAAGACAGGACGGGACGGGACAGGCUUGCCUUGGGGAGACCUGCACUGGGUUCAGAGACAUGACAAGAGCUGUGGCUAAGGAAGGAGAGCCCAAUGGGGUCCCUGCAGCUCCCGAAGGGAUAAAACAGGAGGAAAUGGAAGAGAGAGGCCAAUGGAGCAGCAAAAUGGAGUUUCUGCUGUCUGUGGCUGGUGAGAUCAUUGGUCUGGGUAAUGUGUGGAGAUUCCCGUACCUCUGCUACAAGAACGGUGGUGGAGCCUUCCUCAUCCCCUACCUCAUCUUCCUCUUCACCUGCGGGAUCCCCCUGUUCUUCCUGGAGACAGCGCUGGGGCAGUACACCAGCCAGGGAGGGGUCACUUGCUGGAGGAAGAUCUGUCCCAUCUUUGAAGGAGUUGGAUAUGCCUCACAAGUCAUUGAGUGCUAUCUGAAUAUCUACUACAUCAUCAUACUGUCCUGGGCACUCUUCUACCUGUUCAGCUCCUUCACUGCGGUGCUACCGUGGGCCACCUGCAAUAACCCCUGGAACUCAGAUCUCUGCGUGGACAUUCUGAACCACUCCAGCCUGGACAACAGGACCUUGCCUGCAAACGUCACCUCUCCAAUGAUUGAGUUUUGGGAGAAGCGAGUCCUGGGGCUCACAGAUGGUAUUCACAAACUGGGCAGCCUGCGCUGGGAGCUGGCUCUGUGUCUCCUGCUGGCAUGGAUCAUCUGCUACUUCUGCAUCUGGAAAGGUGUCAAGUCCACAGGCAAAGUUGUUUACUUCACUGCCACCUUCCCUUAUGUGAUGCUCAUCAUCCUGUUGGUGCGAGGAGUCACGCUGCCGGGUGCUGCUGAGGGGAUCAUCUUCUACCUGAAGCCAGACAUUUCCAGGCUGGCAGACCCACAGGUCUGGAUGGAUGCGGGCACUCAGAUCCUCUUCUCUUAUGCCAUCUGCCAGGGGUGCCUGACAGCUCUGGGCAGCUACAACAAAUACACCAACAACUGUUACAGGGACUGCAUCAUGCUCUGCUUCUUGAACAGUAGCACCAGCUUGGUUGCUGGCUUUGCCAUAUUCUCUGUGUUGGGCUUCAUGGCUCGAGAGCAGGGUGUACCCAUUGCAGAAGUGGCUGAAUCAGGUCCUGGCCUGGCUUUCAUAGCAUAUCCAGCGGCAGUAACAAUGAUGCCUGUGUCUCAGCUCUGGUCCUGCCUCUUCUUCCUCAUGCUGAUCUUCUUGGGACUGGACAGCCAGUUCGUCUGUGUGGAAAGCAUGGUAACAGCUCUUAUUGACAUGUUCCCGGGAGUGUUUCGGAAGAAGGGGCGUCGGGAGCUGCUGAUCCUGGCCAUUGCAGUCAUAUGCUACUUGCUGGGCUUAUUGCUGGUCACUGAGGGUGGCAUGUACAUCUUCCAGCUCUUUGACUACUAUGCUGCCAGUGGCACGUGCCUGCUCUUCCUGGCCAUUUUUGAGGCCAUCUGCGUAGGAUGGGUGUAUGGUGCCAACCGCUUCUACGACAACAUUGAGGACAUGAUUGGUUUCCGGCCGUGGCCCUUGAUCAAGAUAUGCUGGCUGGUGUUCACCCCGGGUAUGUGCUUGGCUGUCUUCCUGUUUUCCCUGAUCAAGUACACACCCCUGAAAUACAACAAUACCUACGUAUACCCGGCCUGGGGCCAUGUGGUGGGCUGGCUGAUGGCACUGUCCUCCAUGGUCUGCAUUCCUCUCUAUGCCAUCUUCAUCCUCCUGAAAACCAAAGGACCCCUGAAGCAGCGGCUAACUCAGCUGAUUUCCCCAGCGGAGGACCUGCUGCAGCCAAAGAAGCAUAUGGCAGAGCCGUCUGAACAGAGGCGCCAGGGGUGGUCCCCUCCAGUCCAGAAGGUGCUCAGCAUCACAGAGAGAGAAACCAACUUCUAAGGCACUGGGGAUGUCUCCUCCAUACCUCGAACUGAUUCACUCUCUCAUUCCCGAAGUGGUUUCUUUUCUCUCCCGGGCUCUUCCCUUCUCUCCUUCACGUCCGAGACAGAAGCAUCUGGGACACCCUCUCCUUCCAGCCAGCUGGUUGCACCCACCGGGGCCAGCGUUUCUUUUGACUCCCUGUGGACAACUGUCCCUCUCAGCAGCUGAGGAGAGAGCAACAUGCUUUGGUGGGAAGUGUCCUCCAGUACGGGCACUGGUGGGGAAGAGAAAAACAACGUGUUAACAAAGAAAGAGAAGGAAAAAAAUUAGGCGGUCGUGUUGGGAGGAGGAAAGGAAACCACAGUGGUGAGAGAGAUGAUAAAAAAGGUGUGCAGGAGCAAAGUUAGGGAUGCGGAGGCACAAAACGAUGGGGCGUUAGUGUCGGGAAUAAGUAAGUUGGUUCAGAAGUACAUAAGAAGCUGGAGGAUGACAAAGGAAAGUGCAUUGCUAGGUCACCUACACACAAGGGAGAAGGAGCCAGGAACAUAUCAUAAGCAAUGAUAAAAGGAAGCUGCAGUGUUAGUAGUUAUGGCUUCAGUUGUCACUGAAGGGGAAGAGAAGUGACAGGGUGCUUGAUGCAAUCGUAGUUUUUGAUGAUGGAUCUCAAGGCAGUCUCAGGCUGGAAAGGGGGUGAGGAAUAACUACCCAGGGGACUUGCUCCAGGGGACUUGCUCCUGGUCAAAACUACACGGCCCAGUGAAAGCGUAUCAGAGAACGAAACAGCUGAAUAUUUGACAGUUCUUUCAGAAAAUUCCUGGAGUGCAGGAAAAGUCCCAGAGCAGCUGGUAAAAAAAAUGAGCUGCAGCACAGCAGGGACAAAUGAGACCCUGGGGACUGCACGCCCACAAAUUUAACUGUGCUAUGGGGGCAUUUUGUAGAGGAAUUAAUGAAGGAGGCCUGAUUCUGUGCUGCAGAGUAGCUUUGGGGCGAGGGUGGGGGAAGGAUUGUGCUCCCUUGGCUUUGCUGCAGAUGACUGCUCAGGGGAUAAGGAAGACAUAAUCAGGUGCAAUAAUCAUAAGCUCAGGCAAGAUAAAGCAAUAAUUAAUAGGUAAGAUGAGUUCAUUGGAAGCAGAUUUGUCGAAUUAAAGGUCUGUCAUUGCCAGGGUAGUCAUGAAUGUGAGGCAAUGGCUGGGAGGAAUUGCACUCGGAUGCAGUGUUUGGUGCAGUGCCAGAUAGCUCUGUCCUAUGGAGGCUGGGAUUGCAAAACUCCCUGACAAAGCCUGCUUGAAGGCCUAUCCAAAUUUCACAGUUAAAACCAUGGGAAAAGCUGGUGGCAGGAUCCCCCCAGGAGCUUUGCCGUGGUUGAGAUGCGCGGCUGUGUUGCAAAAGUGGUGCAUCAAAUCCAUGCUGGAGAAUGGCCAUUAAAAGGAAUCGGAGAUGCCACAGGCUCCUUUACCCUUGUUCCUCAUUCUAAGUAAUUGCUUUUCCCUGUGCUGUGUGGAGAUAAACCACUAGCACUAAAAGUGAGCGGGAAAAUCAGGCCUCAUCUGUGCAGUGUGGUACCUAUUCCGAUUGCUAUGGGGACCUUAUCUUUUGCAGUUUCCUGUGAGUUUAACUGGAGAAUUAGCAUAGGGCAAUCAUUUCCCCAUUUAAUUUCCUUUCCUUUAAAAACUAAAAAAACUGUUGGUGAAAUGAACACUGAAAGUCAAAUAUCAAAAUUUAUAUCUCUCUGGGACAUUAUCGUUUAAUUGGAGAUGAUUUACUGCAAAAGGUAGAGGUAGCCGGCAAGCCUCAUUACUGUUCCCUGCAAAGAACUGCAGCACCAUGUAAGAUACCAUUUAUUUUAUUCUUGUUUUUCAAAGAGCUGACUGUCACGUUGCAGCAAUAGUCGUGGGAAGAGCUUAACAUCCAGAGGCUUGCAGUCAGGCCUCACGGUAAGUAUAUUGGUGUUAUUUUCCUCUGCAGUGGGUCUCUACAUGCAGCUGGAGCAAAAGCCAGUGGCUGCCACCAAUAGGACAUUUAACCCCUUUGCUCCUGCUGCCAUGCCACUAAGAUGUAAGGUAGUGCCAUGCUGCCAGAGAAGUCGUGGAGAUGUGUUCACUCCUUUUUCCAAGGUAGUCAGAUAACACUGCAAAAAUCCUAGACACAAAUAAAUCACUUUUUCAGUUUUGAGCACGAAUGUAGGGCUGUGUUAUUGAAAAUAAAUACUUCAUGAGCUGGU